CUUUUCCUCUCUCAUUCUCUCUCUCUCCCCCUCUGCCAUGGCUCUGCAAGUCUGGGAGACGUUGAAGGAGGCGAUCGUGGCCUACACAGGCCUCUCUCCGUCGACCUUCUUCACAGUCUUGGCUCUUGGAUUGGCCUUUUACUAUCUCAUUUCCAGUUUCUUUGGUCCUUCCGACUACGGAACACAUACUAGGGACUUAGGGGAGCAGCUCCAGCCUCUCCCUCCGCCUGUCCAAGUCGGUGAGGUUUCUGAGGAUGAGUUGAAGCAAUACGAUGGCUCCGAUCCUGAGAAGCCUCUGCUCAUGGCUAUCAAGGGUCAGAUCUACGAUGUUUCUCAGAGCAGGAUGUUCUAUGGACCUGGAGGGCCGUAUGCCCUUUUUGCUGGAAAGGAUGCCAGCAGAGCUCUUGCAAAAAUGUCGUUUGAAGAGAAAGAUCUGACAGGGGAUAUCUCUGGUCUUGGGCCAUUUGAACUGGAAGCCUUACAGGACUGGGAAUACAAAUUCAUGAGUAAAUAUGUUAAAGUUGGGACAAUCAAGAAGCCAGUUGCUGAAGGUGAUGCUGCGCCGGCUGCUGGUGAGCCUGCAGAAUCAAGCACAGCAGAAGUUAGCAGCAGCAGCAGCAAGCCUGCUGAAGACAGUCCCUCGGAAUCUCAUGCUGAUAAAGCCGCCGAGGAAACCCCUGCUGCUGCAAAAAACGUUGAAUAAUUUUUUUGUGAGUGGAGAACGAUGUGUACGUGUGGUCAUGUUUCAGUAAUCUUGUUUUAUAGAUAAGUGAAGUGUAGGUGUGUAGGAAGGUAUUACAGGUGGAGUUAAGACUUGAGAGUUUAUGUUACUCUUGUUCAACAAACAUCUGAUAAUAAGAUAAGUCUUUGAAUUUGGAAAUAGGACUCAGGUCUCUCUUUCCCCAAUUUGUUUGACCUGAUUGGAUUGAAACUGAAAGUUUGAACUAAUGAAUAAAAAUAAAUAGGGGAUUAGCAAUUC